GCUUUUAUCUUUCUGUCAAAUGUCAUUUGUCAUAUUCAAGAGGAAUAUUCUGGAAAAGAUCAGAAAUUUCAGCGAGUCAGUGCUUGUGAAUGCUGUUCAAUAAUUAAUUAGUUCACUUGGAGGUACAAUGGAGCAGGUCACAGUUCUUAAAGACAAGGGAAAUGCAGCCCUUUCAGCAAACAAGAUAGAAGAAGCACUUAAAUAUUAUACUGAAGCUAUUCAUCUAGAUCCUCAAAAUGCUGUAUUAUAUUCAAACAGAUCCGCCGCUUAUGCAAAAGCAAGUCAAUACGACUUGGCCUUAAAAGAUGCAGAAAAGGCUGUAGAAAUCAAACCGGAUUGGUCAAAAGCUUAUUCCAGAAAAGGGGCUGCAUUAUCUUAUUUAGGGCGAUACGACGACGCCAUUGCUACUUAUGAAAAAGGGUUACAAUUAGACCCCAAUAACAUUCAACUACAAGAAGGCUUAACUGAGGUAAAGUUCCAGAAGGCACAAAAGAGUCACUCUUUCCCAAAUCCCUUUUCUGGACCAGAUGUAAUAGCAAAGCUUCGUGCCGAUCCUAGGACAAGAGCUUACCUUGAAGAUCCUGAAUAUUUAGCUUUAUUAGCACAACUUCAAUCCAAUCCACAAUCUUUAGGUAUGAAACUUCAAGAUCCCAGAGUGUUGACCACCCUUAGUGUUCUUAUUGGAGUUGAUGCUAGAGCUGAUGAACCUAUGGAUACUGAACCUGUAUAUACUCCUUCUCCCAAAAAACCUGAACCGAAAACAGAACCUAAGGUGCCCGAACCAGAUUUACCAGAGAAUAAAAAGUUAGCAUUGGCUGAAAAAGAACAAGGCAAUUCAUUCUAUAAAAAAAAGGACUUUGAAAAUGCUAUUAAUCACUACUCGAAAGCCAUAGAACAUGAUCCAACAGAUAUAACUUUCUACAAUAAUUUAGCUGCUGUUUAUUUUGAGCAAAAGGAGUAUGAAAAAUGUAUUAAAGAAUGUGAAAAAGGUAUAGAAGUUGGUAGAGAAAACAGAGCUGAUUUCAAACUAAUUGCUAAAUCUUUCAUGAGAAUUGGUAAUGCCUAUAAACGAUUGAAACAAUACAAGGAAGCAAAGACUUACUAUGAAAAAUCUAUGUCGGAACAUAGAACACCUGAGAUCAAAACUUUAUUAUCUGAAGUUGAGAAGUUUAUAAAAGACGAGGAAAGAAAAUCAUACAUUAAUCCAGAAUUGGCGGAAAAAGAAAAAGAAAUUGGUAAUGAAUUUUUCAAAAAAGGCGAUUAUGCAACUGCUGUAAAACACUAUACAGAAGCUAUAAAACGUAAUCCAGAUGAUGCCAAAUUAUACAGUAACCGUGCUGCUUGCUAUACCAAAUUAGCAGCUUUCGACCUAGGAUUAAAAGAUUGUGAUAAAUGUGUUGAACUAGAUCCGAAAUUUAUUAAAGGAUGGAUAAGAAAGGGUCACAUUCUGCAAGGUAUGCAACAACAAAGCAAAGCCAUUUCCGCAUUUCAAAAAGCUCUGGAACUAGAUCCCAACAAUACAGAAGCCCUACAGGGUUAUAGAUCAUGUACCAUUGAAAACGCCAAUUUAGAUGGAGAUCCAGAAAAGAUCCGACAACGGGCAAUGGCUGAUCCUGAGGUUCAGUCUAUUCUGAGAGAUCCAGCGAUGAGAUUAAUAUUGGAACAAAUGCAAAACGAUCCUAAAGCAUUACAAGAUCAUCUAAAAAAUCCUGAUAUAGCCGCUAAGAUACAAAAAUUACUCGAAUCUGGACUUAUCGCUAUACGCUAGUUUAAAUAAUAUUAAUGAUUCCAUUAUGGUUAUUAUAUUCACCUUUUUUUAUUUUGUGAAUUAACAAAGUGAAAUUUUCAUAUAUUUGUAUUUUCGGUUUAUUACAUUAAAGCAUCCUUUUACUUGAUAGUUUGUUUUAAGUCUAAAAUAAUUAUAUCUUAUUUUCUCAACAUAGUUGUCAACUAUAUUUUAUUUGUAUUGUAUAUUCAUAUAUGAACAGCCGAUUACCUUCCUUUGUUUGAAACAUAUUUUGCUAUCACGUCGCAAGAAAAAAUAACUAAUAUCAACCUUUCGGAAGUUUUAUCUCCCUAUUACUUUAUAGGUUCGUUUAGUAUCUGUGCCAGCCAAGGACAUUCAGGGUUCGCCUUUUACAACAGUAGACAGACUCUUGUCAGUAAUUAUUGUUUUUAUUGUCGUUUUUUCUGAUAACUUUUAGUUUCACCAAUUACCUUUCACUUCUUGUUUAUUUCCCUUAUUUUCUACUCUUACCGUAAUUUGUUCCCCACUACACUGAAAAUCGAAUUUUGCGUUGUUGAAAUUUAAAUCACAUAUUUACAUUCUUAAAGCCACGUUGCCACAUGUAUAUAGUAAAAAUCACUUUGGAAGAAUGUUAAAAUUCAGUAUUAAACCAAAUUCAAAAUAUAUUUAAAAAAUGGAAAAUGUUAAAAUGAUUGAAUUUCCGUAUAAUGAACAUUGAUUACAAUUAUGAAUGAUUCAAUAUUUUAUAUGUAACUCAAUUUUAAUAGCGAGACUUUAAAAAAAAAAUACAAUUUUACACAAAUUAUUCUAUCUUCAGCAAUUAUCCGAAUAUUUUCAUGCAAACAACUAAUCCUGUUUCAAUUUCAAUAUAACAGUUCUGCUUUAGGUCAGAAGUUAUAUGGUGGUCAUUGAAUAAGUAACUAAUCGGGUUUGGUCUCUAGUCUUAAUUAAUUCUUUCUUUUAUUUCCAUUAAUGUAUCAGUUUAACAAAAUAUAUUUAGAGGGGCUAUAUCCUUACCCAUAUAAUGGGCUUCUUUAUAGGUAAUUUUAUAGUUAAAGAUAGAAAAAUACCAAUAAGUCAUUUUUCACGUUUAAUUUAAACUCAAUAAAAUAGACAAUGUGUGAGAACCAAUGAAUUUUUAUUUCUAAAUAAAAUGAAAUAUUUGCAAUUUAUAAUGUAACAGUAGGAACUUAAUAAAUAUAAAAACAAUAUACUAUAAAUUAUACAAUUUUUCACAUUUAAAAACAUUUUUAAUCAAUUUUCCAAAAUUAAAAAAAAUAUGUAUAUAAAAAAUCUGUAUAAAGUUAAAAUUAAACUUCAACAUGAAUAUUUUUUACAAAAAAUUGUACAGCGUAUGAACAGCAAUAAAAAAUGUAUUGAUAUUUAUAGGCAUUCUGACGUUGAGACUUUAAAAAAUGAUAAAGCAGUAAAUUUUUUUUCAGUUUUCAUUCCGUUGAUACAAAAUGAACACAUUAAGGGAUUUUUAUGUCGAUAAGGAUCAUUUGAUUUAUAUUAAAGUAAAAGUUCCUUAUGAAUGCAUCCCUCGCAUUUUCACUGAUCCCGGCUAAAAAAAUACGAUCCAAUUCGCAACUAAAAAUUUCCACACGGAUCUUACAUUAUUACAACUAGGUCUAAAAUAGUCUGAGAGGUAGCGAUGUACAACCUAUGGCGCAAUAGCCCCACCACGUUAAAAUGGUACCAGCAUGUACUAUGUACAUUCUGUAUAGCAAAUCUUUUCGUACUUAUCAUUGUAAUUCAUAGACUAUCGAUUGAAAGAAGAAAAUAUUUUUACAAAUACUUCGAUAGUGACCAAAUUCUACUAUCAUUAACUGGAAUUACAAUUCGCAAUGAGAAUCUUUCAGAUAUUUAUCUAUGGUUUUUAUAACACGAUUCUACGGUGACGCAAGUUCUACCAACAGAAACUGGAAUUAUAAUCAUUCUGCAGCUAUUUAUUUAUAGUUUUUAUAACACAUUAAAGUUAAAAAUCGUUUGAAUCAUAUACAGAUAAAUUAGAAGUAUGGAAUUUUAUCAUCGAUUGCAUCGAUUACAGUUGUGUGCGAAUUUAAAAUUAGAUGAAUAAAAUAAAUUUGUUAAUUUUUCAAUAGAGUUCAUGCACAUGACUGACAUAUGACCCCCAUCGUCAACACAGUCUCGAUUAUUUUUUUUAUGUGAUAUCAUAAUUUUAUACAUUUUUGCUUAGUAUGAAAAUAAUCGAAGCAGAUUUUUUCAUACCGUCUCCUUUAGCUCCACCGCUAUAGUGCGACAAUUGACGCUCACUUCAUUAAUUUCUGAACACUACAUUACAAUGCUACAUAAAAGUACAGACUAAAUUUACUAACGUUUCAAUUCAACAGUAUGAUCGUCGGAAUUAAACUUUAUUUACCUAUAUUUAUCUCUCAAUUGAUCAAUUAUUUUAGGCUAGAGACAUAACAAAUCUAUACCAUAAUAAAAGCAGAAGACGCAAAAAAUAGUCAAAGUUGGUUCCCAAAAAUAUAAUAAUUGAUUUGAGACUGGUUAAACUAGUAAUCAAACCACGCAAUUUCUCCCUUGCCACUAAAAUUUAUUUGUUUACACAGAGUUGUGCGGAAUUUCACAUAAAAUUAUUACUGUUCAACUAGUACUGCAAAAAGCUGAAACUCUUUAUUUGAUUUAAUGUUAAACAUAUUUGUUUGCUGAUGAAAGUAAUUUUAAUUUCUUCAACCCUUUACUGUUGAUAUUUAUGUAGAUACCUACGAAAAUAUGUAAUAUUUCCAAAAUAUUGAAGUGCCGAAUAUUUCCCCUUUCAGAUACUAGCUCAAAGACUAUAUCUGAAAAUAGUCGAGGUAACGUAAGAUAGAUUAUUGAAAAAUCUAUAGAAAAGAAAAACAUGUAUCAAAGUAUUUCAAGUCCGUCUAGCUUUUCUUUGGAAGCAAACGAUAGAUUAUUACUUAAGGAAUAAAUGUGAAAUUUCCAAUCGAAGUGGUUUUUUCCCACUGGAAUUGUUCGAGAAAAAGUUAAAUGGUGGAAAAAUUUAGUAUAAAUAAGUAGGUUAAAACUUAAUAGGUUUUAGUUUAUCUUUCUCUGAACUGGUAAUUAAACAGUAUGUUCAGGACUCUAACAUGGCAUGGCAUUUGGAAAAAGUUGGCAGCUAAGGGGUUGAAAAAGUUUUUCCGUUUUAUUGACAACAAAUACUUUCGUUCGGAGUUUUUUAAUUUAUUUGUUGUAUUGGCCUACAAAAUAUAUGAAAUAUUGAAAUUUCACUUAUAAAAUAAUUAAUUUAAACUUGCUUCGGCAUUCAAAGUCGAUUGACAUGAUGCAAUAUAACGUGCAACGCAAUAUUUCUUGAUCAAAAGCAUGCACAAAUGAAGUUCAGCUGAUUGUUUCAACCAAGAUCUCGUACUUGUAACAUUAUCGAUUUGGUGCCAUUUUGGCUAACAACUAACCUGACAAUCAGACUCCAAAAGGAAGACAGCAGCAGAUGUAAUUAUUGCCGCAGAUGUAAUUAUUGCCAAUUAUUUUCUGACUAAUUUUUAAACCGGUUCAAACAUAUUAAAUGAAAUUUGAAGUGAUUCAUGGAAUUUUUGUUUCAAAGGUGAAGUGGUAAGACACUUGCAUAAUGUCAAGCUGAGUUGUAAUAUUUGACUUUGGAAGAAAUCACAUGCAAUUUCUUGCACAUUGUCUUGCAUCAUUUCAAAUUGCUUUUAUACUUUCCUUCAUAUUUCUAUUCGCAAUUAUACAAGUCUUAUCAUCAACGACGACUAUAAAAGA